AUGUCGAAGGCCACGGCGGACUGGGAGCGAGUAGGCGACCGCUUCUACCGGAAGACGCAACUAUACACGUCUAUCUUUGACCCGGAGCUGGAACUUGAGAACCACAUGCUGGUCGGAGCUCCACUGAGCGGUGCCAUAGCCAUCUACCGAGACGAAACCAAACUAUACGCCUACCGUAAUGCUCAGACAAGCCGUCCAUCCAUCGACAUCUACACAUGCUCGGGCAAGCCGAUCCACCGCAUCAACUGGGACAAGGGCGCCAUCCAGGGCUGCGGCUGGUCUGAAGACGAGAGACUGAUUGUCGUCACAAACGAUGGAACCGUCAGGAUAUACCACGACCUCAGCGGCGACUUCAUACCCUUCAGCCUAGGCCACGGCGCCGAAGAGCAUGGCGUCGUCUCGUGCCGCUUCUGGUCCUCGGGCUUUGUCGCUCUCCUUGGGAACAAGCACUUGGUCUGCGUCUCGCGCUACGACGAACCGAGACCCACUCUCCUGGCAACCCCUCCGGAAGGCGACAUCCUGUCCUGGGCUGUCAUACCGCCCGCCUUCACCUUGUCGCGCUCCGUAGAAGCCAUCCUGGCCAUCGACGACACCAUUGUCAUCGUGGAUGCCUCAGAAGCUCAAGACCGCAAGCUGCAGAACGGCCCUUUCAAGCUCGUGUCUGUGGCCCCCAAUGCCAAGUUCAUCGCCCUCUACACUCAAGACGGCAAAGUCUGGGUCAUCAGCAGCGACUUCGAGAACCGCCUGACCGAGUACGACUCACGCGUCAAGACGCCUCCAAAAGAUUUACAGUGGUGCGGCAAUAACGCCGUCGUCCUGGCCUGGGAGGACGAGGUACAUCUAGUUGGCCCGAACGGCGCUGCCUCGAAACACUACUACGACUCUUGGGUCCAUCUAUCACCAGACAUUGAUGGUCUUCGCAUCUUCACGAGCGACGUCUGUGAGUUCAUCCAAAAGGUGCCAGACGUGUCCGAGGAUACUUUCCGCCUGGGCUCCACAUCGCCUGCUUCGGUCUUGCUUGACGCUGCCGAACAACUCGACAGAAAAUCCCCCAAAGCAGACGAAAACAUCCAGCUCAUUCGGCCAAACUUGGAAGAGGCUGUCGAUACGUGCAUCAGAGCCGCUGGCCAUGAGUUCAGCGUGCACUGGCAGAAACAGCUUCUAAAGGCUGCAUCGUUUGGCAAAUCUGUGCUCGAUCUAUACAAUAGUGAUGAGUUUGUCGACAUGUGCGAGACACUACGUGUACUUAACGCCGUUCGCUUCUUUGAGAUUGGCCUACCACUCAGUUUCGACCAAUACACCCGCUUGACACCAGUAAACUUAGUGCAAAGAUUGAUCAACCGCAAGGAAUAUCUGUUGGCUAUCAAGAUAUCGGAGCAUCUCGAUCUACCGCUCGACAAGAUCUAUGUACACUGGGCACGCCAAAAGGUGCGUAGCUCUACAGGUGACGAGGAAGAUAUCUGUGCCGAGAUUGUCGAGAGGCUAAAAGGUAAGCGCGGCAUCUCGUUCGAGGAAAUAGCACAGACAGCAUACGAGGAGGGUCGCGGCAGACUUGCGACCGAGCUGCUCGAACAUGAACCACGAGCUGGCAAGCAAGUGCCCCUUCUGCUGAAUGUAGAGGAGGAUUCUCUCGCCUUGGAUAAAGCGAUCGAAAGCGGAGACACCGAUCUAGUGUAUCAUGUCCUGCUGCAUCUAAAGAAGAAACUGCCACUUGCCACUUUCUUCCGCACGAUCAAUGGCCGGCCGGUAGCAACCGCACUGGUCGAGGCAUCCGCUUGGGACCAAGACCAAGAAUUGCUCAAGGACUUGUUCUAUCAAGAUGACAGAAGACUUGACAGUUCGAAUCUGCUAUUAUCAGAUUCGCUAAACAUUGCUGAUGCGAAUGCUCGUAACGACAAACUCAAGAUGGCCUCGAAGAUUCUUCAAGAGUCAAAAGACCAAUCAAUACAAGUCAGAGCAAUCGAUGAGGAGCAGAAAUUACUCAAAUUCCACGACACUUUCAAGAGAGAUCUCGACGAAGACUUCAGCGGUCUCAGUAUUAACGAGACGAUAUACAAGCUCAUUCGGAUUGGCAAUGUAAAGAGGAGUCAAAAAGUCCAGUCAGAAUUCAAGGUCUCAGACAAGGUGUACUGGUGGAUACGCUUGCGCGCACUCGUCUCACGUCGUGAUUGGCGUGAGCUUGAGGAUCUAUCCAAAACUCGCAAGAGCCCUAUCGGGUGGGAGCCGUUCAUCAACGAGAUCUUGUCUGCGGGUAACCCGAAGUUGGCGUCUUUGUUCAUACCCAAGUGCACAAGUCUGACAGUAGAGGAACGUGUGGAGCUAUGGACGAAAUGUGGUCUGAUAGCACGCGCGGCCGAAGAAGCAGCCAAGGCUCGUAACCUUAGACUACUCGAGUCACUUCGUGACAAGGCCACAGGACAAGCAGCGACCGAAGUGGAAAGGCUUAUUCAACAAGUCUCCAAGAAGUAG